GUCAGUCACCACGGAGUGUCUGCCGUCAGCUCACCACAGUUUGGACACUCUGCUCUGAUGAAAUAUGUGAGGAAGACUUAAUGAUAUGGCUUUGAAAGGCUCCUUUGGCAAUAAAGGUUGAUAUGAUGCUGAGAUGUGAUGCCUUGGUAACUUAGCAGUCCUCACGGCAAUGUAAAAGACAUAAAGAAAGCAGUUAAUGAUGGCGACACUGUCCCACACAUGGACCAUCCUCACUGCUGUCACUGUGUUGACUGUGCAGCUAUGCGAGGGUACAAGGUGCUGUAACCUCACGUCCAGUGCUGGAAUUGAUGUGCGGCUAGGCUCCAGUUUUAGGAUUUACUGCACCAGUUUAACGGUUACCUGCAGAAAAAAAAACUUCUACGGCCAAAAUAACGCACCACUGCCCCACAAAGUAUUGAAUUCUACAACUAUAUAUUACGACGUGGUUAACAUAACGGAGAAGAAAACAUAUAGCUGUAAGUGUCUUUCCUCUAGCUGUGACUCCUGUGGACAGGACUUCUCAACUGGAUAUCCACCAGAGUGCCCUAAAAACAUUUCAUGCACCUACAAAGUAAAUAAUAGUGAUAGUGGAGAUGUGUCCUGCAGUUGGGACAGAGGACGGGAUACUUUUCUGGAGAAUAAUUUAACACUGGGGAUGAGAAUUUUAUCAAAAAAGCAUACACAUGCACCAAUGCUGGACAGCUUCCCCAGUAAGGCAAAAACUGAUGGGUCAGCUAGCGUCCGUGUGCCCCGCUCCGUCCUGAUGAUCGCUGUGUGGGUCCACGCCAAAAAUGCAUUGGGCUCUGCAACUUCCAUCCACAAGAACUACACACUGAGUGACAUUAAGAUGCCAUCGACUCCUGUUCUUCGCCAACCGGAUUGCUCUUCCCAAGAGUGCAUCAUCACAGUGGAGCAGCCUGUGAUGACUCAGCACCUGGAGAUCCAAUACAGAGCGGACACACAGACAUGGACAUCUUCUCCACACUCAGGUGUGCAGAUGAGAUCAGUGCAGGUUGCCUCUCUGGAGCCUUACACGUUGUACCACUUCAGAGUUAGAUCCAAAUUCAGCACCGGCCUGUGGAGUCUGUGGAGCGCUAGCAUUUCCAACUGGACUGAAGAGGAAGCUCCUGCCAAAGAGUUGGAUGUGUGGUAUGCUGAACCGGCCUCUGACUUUAGAUCCCUGACAGUUUAUUGGAAGGAGCUGAGCAUUUCUGCUGCCAAAGGGAAAAUCCUUUCAUACAGAGUCCGAGUUUACAGCCCAAACUCUGGGCAGAACAUCACUAACGUUAGCGCCGAAGCCAGGAGUUAUUCGGUCCCUUUCUGUGCCGAAUGUGAAGUGUCAGUGUGGGCUUGCAACUCCAAAGGGUCGUCCCCUCCGGCCUAUAUUACAUCUGAAUACACAAAAGUGAAGCUGCAGCAUUUAGAUCCCCUCCAAGAUGUGCACAAAGUUGCAGACAACCUCAGUGUCACCCUCUCCUGGAAGAAGCCCUACGCUGCAGUGAGGCGGUCUGUGGUGGAGUGGUUCCCCAAGGGCCACAUGAUGGAGCUCAGAUGGGUCGGACUGGGCCGCAAUGAAAACCAUGUUGUUAUAACAGGUGGGUAUUAG